AUGGUUCCGUUUGAUAUCGACUAUCAGCAGACCCUUGGGUCUCCGUUCAUUUCUUUCAUCGAACUGUCAAUGCUCAAUGAACACUACGGAUGCAAAGAUAACACAUUCGAAGAUCUUGCUCCUUGGCGGGUGGAGUCCCAAAACUGCGACAAAACCACAUCCGUCAAAUGCGAGAUGGGAGGAUUUCCUCAUCCCCGAGACUGCCAGAGAUGCAUCUGCCCUGGUGGAUAUGGCGGAAAGCUCGAUACUAAGCACUGGUACUACCAUUCGAUAGAAUACUGUGGUUUGCGGGCCUUGGAUAAGGGCACUCACCGGCGCGUGAUGAGCAAGAAGACUUUGAGACAUUCUCCUAAUGGAACCGAAAUCGAAGUUAAAUUAGUGAAUUUCACAAAAGGUCUUCUGUUGACGGAUGCAGCUUAUGCAGGUGUAGAGAUCAAGACCAACGAGGACCAAACGCUCACUGGUUACAGAUUCUGCUCACCUGACGCGGCUGGAACAAUUCUUCGUUCUUACAUAAACCGUGUCCCAAUAAUGACAUAUAACAGGAUUGUCAAAACGACGACACUGCCUCUCUCUUGUACCGAGUGGUUUCUGCAAGGGUACACUAUCGGAGGCUACCAAGAAGAAAGUGUGUCCAAGGUCAUGUGGCUUCUGUGA